UGGUUUCUGAUAUUGCGUUAAACUGCCGUGCUCCAAAAAUGGCUACUAAAGUUUCAGGUUUUUUAUCAAUAUUCUGCAGGUCGCCUUGGAGGGAAAUUUGUGCCGAGUUUUUAGGAACCUUUAUCUUAGUGGUCUGUGGAAAUGGAGUAAUGGCUACCUUAACUCUGGCUCAUUUGGGUUCUCACUCGGUUCUACUAUCAUCAUUGGGAUGGGGUCUAGCCCUAAUGAUUGCAGUUGCUAUUUCCGGCGGCAUUUCUGGUGGGCACGUGAAUCCUGCAGUCACCCUUGCUAUGGCUACCGUCAAGAAAUGCCCAUGGAAACUUGUUUUGCCUUAUAUAACGGUCCAAUAUUUAGCAAGUUUCUUGGCUGCUUGUGUGGUCUACAUACUGUACGCAGAUGCCAUAUUUGAAUUCGACGGCGGGAUGAGACAACUGCCUCCAUCAGUCAACUCCACAGCUCAGAUAUUUUCUACUUUUCCUCAAGACUUCGCCUCUAUUGGUACAUGUUUCUUGGAUCAGGUAGUAGGAACUGCUUUGCUGCUUCUGGUGAUUUCUACGGCUGCAGAUACUAGAAACCUAUGCAUGUCUCCUCAGACUACACCCAUCGUUAUCGGCUUGGGACUCGUGCUCAUUUGUUUAGCUUUUGGUCACAACUGUGGAGCAGCACUCAAUCCAGCUAGAGAUCUUAGCCCCAGACUUUUUACCAUCAUCGCUGGUUGGGGAGUAGAAGUUUUCAGUUUCCGUGACUAUAAAUGGUUCUGGGUGCCUGUAGUUGCUCCUCAUCUUGGUGGCAUUAUUGGAGUGUGGCUCUACCGUUUGUUUAUUGAACUGUCUUUCACGAAUUACAGAUGUGCACUGGAUCAACUAGAAAGUAUGGAGCGUACUGCCAAUAACCGAAUCAGUGAGCUGCCAUUUAAUGGAAACAUAGAUCCUCCAUCAGGUUGCAGUGAGAAGAGCUCUUCAGGUGAAGAUAAAUCUCAGUAUGCUAGUGUACCAACAACUACAACAGAUACCAGCUCAAGAUAGCCAAUGUUUAAAGGUUUUUCAAAAGCAGCAUGAAAUGUUUGCUCUUUGGUGUUUUAUGCAAUUUUGUUUUAGUUUAUUUGAGGUUAAUAUAUUUUUAAAGCUUUAAUUGUGAUUUAACUAUUGUAAUAAAAUUCUUAAUACCUUUGUUGUCUAA